AUGGCACUGGAGCUCCUGGACCUCCUUCUAAAUCUCUUUCUGAACCUCCUUCUGAGCCUCUUUCUGAACCUCCUUCUGAGCCUCUUUCUGAACAUCCUUCCCUGCUCCUCCAUCUCGACCUCCUCCCGAACCUCUCGCGAACUUCCUUCUGAACCUCCUUCUGAACCUGCUCUGGAACGUCCUCUCGAAAAUCCUCGUGGAGCUCCUCUCGAACGUCCUCUCGAUCCUGCUCCAGAAGCUCCUCCCGAAGCUCCUCCUGAACGUCCUCUUCCUGAACCGCCUCCUGGUCUUGCUCUGGGGCAUCCUCUCGAACGUCCUCUCGAACGUCCUCUCGAACCGCCUCCUCCUGAACCUCCUCUUGAACCUCCCCUCGAACCUCCUCGUGAACCUCCUCGUGAACCUCCUCUCGAACCUCCUCUCGAACCUCUUCGUGAAGCUCCUCCUCAAGCUCCUCCUGGACGUCCUCUCGAUCCUGUUCCUCCCGAACCUCCCCCUCCUGAACGUCCUCUUGAAUCUGCUUCCCAGCCCGAGUCCCGGUCCGAGUCCGAGUCCGAGUCCGAGUCCAAGCCCGGCGGCCGGCCGAAGGAGAUUGUCAGAGCGUGA